AUGUCAGAAGAGAAGAUACCAGGGACGGUCGACAUCUCAUCGACUCCGGAUCUUUCCACUGGAGAAAGUGAGAGUCAGGGCUUUGACCAUGUCGCCACCAAGAAGCUGCUGCGCAAGCUUGACUGGCACAUCAUCCCUUUCAUGUCACUCAUCUACCUACUGGUAGCCCAUCGCCGCUCAGUAGUAACCAACAUAGGCAACGCCCGCCUCGACCACCUUGAACAGGAUCUCAAACUACGUGGCUUACAGUACAAUGACUGUCUCGUAGUCCUUUUCCCAUUCUACAUCGCGGCUGAGAUACCAAGUAACAUGAUGGUGAAGUUACUGCGCCCUUCUAUUUGGCUGUCUUUUAUCAUGUUCUUCUGGUCUGCAGUCAUGAUUCCUCAGGGAUUCGCGUCGAACUACUCUGGAUUGAUGGCGACUCGAGUAUUUUUAGGCUUCUUUGAGGGCGUGCUGUUUCCUAGUGUCAACUACUACACCUCCCAGUGGUACCAAAGACAUGAAUUUGGCUUCCGUAUGGCGCUCUUCUUCUCUGCCGCGACACUGGCAGGAGCUUUUGACGGAACAUUGUCGCGAGGUAUUGCGGAGAUUUCAGUCAUUUUCGAGGGCCUUCUGAGCAUUAUUGUCAGCACGAUAGCGUAUUGGUGCAUCUACGACUAUUCAGCAACUGUUACUUUUCUGUCAACGCAAGAGCGCGAGGAUAUCUACAUCUUCAUGUUCACCUGCAUAGCUGGUUUCUGCCCGAUCUACAGCCUUUCCCUGUUUCUCCCAACCAUCAUCAAAAACAUGGGCUAUUCCGCCAACGACGCCCAACUGAUGUCCGUUCCUCCCCAUCGAGACAUCUUCAUGCUGGGCUUCCAGCUCAUUGCCAUUUCUGGCUUCUCCAUGCUUGCAGCGACCGUAAAGCCAAAGGUGCAGUACGCCGGCACCGUCCUUGCUGCGAUCGGUAGCGUGAAGAGAGGAACUGGUAUUGCGAUGCAGGUCAUGGGCGGCAACUGUGGAGGCAUCAUCGCGUCUUACGUCUACAUCAGCCGUGAUGGACCUCCUCACAUCAGUAGUGUGGCUUUCGGCCUUGCUCUCUUCGUGUCAACAUGGUGCCGUCUCGAGAACGCUCGCAGAGUAAAGAUCGCGCAGGAAAGGGGCACACAAGAGUUGACCGAAGAGCAAAAGUUGCUGAAGCGUGAACUUGCAGACAAUGUGCCAUGGUUCAGAUACACUACAUGAGCGAUCAAUAAACCAGGAGGUUAUCGAUCGCUACAAAAGUAGACGUGCUUGUACAAUCGCCGGGAGGCAGGUCGAGGAAUGAGCCCGCGAAGCACCUAUCGUUGCUCGUUCGCAGCGUACACCCCAUGAUAGCUAUAACCAACACAAAAAUUUCAACCCACACCACGUGAACAAAUGAUUAUAAUCCUCCGACACAAUACCUACCCAGUGCAAUUUCCCA